CGUCGCCUCAAGGAAGCGCUCUGAUCGUUCAUACUACAGAUGACAGCUGAAGAGAGACUGUUGAACCGGUUAUCCCUCAGUCCGCCCCGCCUCAGUAGAUAGCCAUGAAAGUAUCGAUAGCGUCCAUUCAGAGUCAAUGGGGAUAACGCUUGUUGUAGUCAUUCUCAUAUAGUGCAAUCGCUGCAGUUCGUGUGCAUUUGAAGAGAUCAGGCCCGUGUGAGGUAAUGCUAGUCAGCUGACUCGUUAGCGGCUAACACACUAAACCUGCCACUAAAGCCUUGUUUCAUCAUUUAUUCUCCCAACCGAAGAAGUACUGAUAUGACAUCGAAAUAUACAGUGUUUGUCAAUUUACCGGAAAUGUUGUAAAAUAUCAUGGAGAAUUCUGGAGGGUCUAACUGGACGCUGAAGUCGGAUCCGAGCACAGAAUUGCUUCCGUACUGCUGCCCGUCCUGUGAUGGUGGUGAGGAGCCAUUCCGUGGAAAAGUGUUGCAGACCAGAACUAAAGCCAGGAGCAUGUCGACACCAACAGCGCACAACUCUGCCAAGUUCAGGAGGACGCAGUCUCUUCAUGGACCAAGCCCUGUCACCACAUUUGGGCCUAAAGCAUGCAUGAUGAAGAACCCUAAAGCUGUCAUGCAUAUUCAAGAUCCAGCCAGUCAGAGGUUAACAUGGAAUAAACCACCCAAAAGUGUCCUUGUUAUUAAGAAAAUCAGAGACGCCAGUCUGCUGCAGCCUUUCAAAGAGCUCUGCGUCUUCCUCACACAGCAAAAAAAUAUGAUUGUUUACGUGGAGAGGAAAGUCCUUGAAGAUCCUGCCAUCGCUAACGAUGAGAGCUUUGUCUCUGUCAAGAAAAACUUUUGCACUUUUAGAGAAGAUUAUGAUGAUAUUUCCAAGCGCGUAGACUUCAUCAUUUGUUUGGGAGGAGAUGGGACCUUGCUCUAUGCUUCCUCACUCUUCCAGGAGAGUGUGCCUCCUGUCAUGGCCUUUCAUUUGGGUUCUCUGGGCUUUCUCACACCAUUUAACUUCGACACAUACCAGUCUCAGGUCACACAGAUUAUUGAAGGUAAUGCUGCGAUCAUUCUGCGCAGUCGUCUGAAAGUGAAGGUGGUGAAAGAGUGUGGAGAGAAGAAGGGAACCAUGGAUGAAAAGAGUUUGAUCAUCUCAAAUGGAGACACUGAACCCAACCACAAAUCUAUGCAAUAUCAAGUGCUGAAUGAAGUUGUGUUGGACCGAGGUCCAUCCUCAUACCUCUCUAAUGUCGACCUGUUUCUGGAUGGUCACCUGAUCACCACUGUUCAAGGAGAUGGUGUGAUAGUGUCCACACCUACAGGCAGCACGGCAUACGCUGUAGCAGCAGGUGCCUCAAUGAUCCACCCCAAUGUUCCAGCGAUCAUGAUCACACCCAUCUGUCCACAUUCGCUCUCAUUCAGACCCAUCGUUGUGCCUGCGGGUGUUGAGCUCAAGAUCAUGCUGUCCCGUGAUGCCAGAAACACAGCCUGGGUGUCUCUUGACGGCAGAAAACGGCAGGAAAUUGCACACGGGGACAGUAUUACCAUCACUACAUCCUGUUUCCCUGUUCCCUCCAUCUGUUUCCGCGAUCCGGUGAAUGAUUGGUUUGAGAGUCUGGCUCAAUGUUUACACUGGAAUGUUCGUAAGAAACAGAGUCAUCUGAGUUCAGAAGAGGAGGAGUUCUGAACACUUUCAUAAACGUGCUUUCCAAUACUAUUUAUUAAAUGAUGUGGUUUUUUUUUUUUUUUUUUACAUUUAGUUUUAUUUAGUUGCAGUACUGUAUUUUCUCUGUUUAUCAUAAUCAUCCAGUGGUCAGGGUUUUCAGGAAUCUCAAGAAAACAAGUCCAGGUCACAUUUCACCCAUAUAUAUAUAUAUAUAUAUAUAUAUAUAUAUAUAUAUAUAUAUAUGUUUUUUUUUUUGGCUUACAAUAAUGAAAUUAUAAUGCGCUUAAUUGCAAUGAAAAUAACGUCUUAAUAAAAAAAAUAAAAAUUAUUAUAAUGUUCCUAAAAAUAGGCCUAAUUUCUCUGCAAAAAAAAAAAGAUGGAAUUUUUUAUAUAUAUAAUAAUAUUAUUAUUAUUAAAUUGUUUUUAAAGGUGAAAUAUGACCCGGAUGUGUUCUUGACGGGUUUCGUGAGAUUAAACCAUCUAACCGAUAUCAGUUAAUUUCAUUAUAUUGUUUUGUAAAAGUAUCAUGUAUUGUCAGUUCUUUCAAACAAGAUAAUUUAAAGGAUUUUCAGCAAUAAGUGAAUUUUAUGAAAUUAUAAUGCGCUUAAUUGCAAUGAAAAUAACGUCUUAAUAAAAAAAAUAAAAAUUAUUAUAAUGUUCCUAAAAAUAGGCCUAAUUUCUCUGCAAAAAAAAAAAGAUGGAAUUUUUUAUAUAUAUAAUAAUAUUAUUAUUAUUAAAUUGUUUUUAAAGGUGAAAUAUGACCCGGAUGUGUUCUUGACGGGUUUCGUGAGAUUAAACCAUCUAACCGAUAUCAGUUAAUUUCAUUAUAUUGUUUUGUAAAAGUAUCAUGUAUUGUCAGUUCUUUCAAACAAGAUAAUUUAAAGGAUUUUCAGCAAUAAGUGAAUUUCAAUAGAUUGUGCCUUAAAUCAUGAAGAGCAUUGUAUCAAAAUCCAGUCGUUCGGGGAAAAUGUAUUUCUUCUGCUGUAUUUACAGCGCAUUUACAAUGUACUUGCUUCGUACAUCUCAGUAGAUAUAUUUAUAUCUAAGCUUGAAUAUUCUUAAGAAUGUUUUUGAAACCACUGUAUUCAUUGCAUUGGUGUCUUACUGGUCAACAAGUAAUCUAAUUAACAGUUUCUCCAUUCCAGGUAAAAAGGACCAUAAUGUUUUGUUUUUUUAUUUUCCCAGUUUUAGACAUGUCAUUUUUCUAUUUUUUUAUUUUAAUUGUGACAUUUUGUAUCUUCCAACAUUAUCCUGGUGCAGGUUUAUUUGUUUUGUUGUUUUCAGGGGUGAGAAGGGGUCAAAACAUAAUAUGAAAUGAGCAAAUUGUGGUUUUAAGUGCCCUUCACAGGAAAAAAGCUGAGCUUCUAUAACUUGGAAAGGUAACAUUUCAGAAGGGAAAGAUUAAACAUAGGCCUACAGGUGUUGGACAAAAGAACGGAAACACUCCUUCAAAAUGUGUUGUUCUUUGAAGUAAUGAACAAUUACAAAUGACUAUUACCAACUGCUUGUGCCAGCUAUAAAAGAGUUCUUUGAUAUAUGAGCUUUCAAAGCAAUCUGUAUUAUGUACCAGACAUCCUGAAUCACAAGUGCAUCAAUUACAAAAACUGCUAAAUUAUUUCAUCCAUCAGGUGGAACAAAUAAUGUGCACCUAUGAGUCAUCAGAGGGACUACUGUCACAAGCAAAAGCUCGCUUACAGACCCAAAGUGUUUUGCGAAUACUUCCUCAAACAACCACAGAUAGAAUGUAAAAAACAAAAAAAGCACACUGUGAGUUGGCAGACCUGUCAUACUGAACCAUCACGUGUCCAAGAUUAGAUCCAUAAUGUUGUAUAAGGUAUAAUAAAAAAAACCUAGAACUUCCUCAAACAUAAGAUGUAAA